AGGAAAAAAUGUGGUGUGCUGGUGGUGGAGGGAGGCUCCAAGUCUUGCUUUUCCAAACGACCUUUCUAAAAAUAGAAACUUGUCUCUAAUCAAAUACCAUUCCUCCUCCACAUUCCCAAACCAGAGGAGUACGGAGAGAGGAAGAACAAACUACCAUUUCGUUCCUCUCUUCUCCAUCUUCUUCAUUACCAUCAUCAUGGCUGCUUCCUCCAAUUAUUUUCCCAUCUUCCUCCUCCUCCUCGCCGCCUUCUCCGUCUCCUCCCUCGUUUUGGCUGAUCCGGAUCUCGGCGGACUCCUCAACAGCCUCUCUCAAGGAUCUGUGGCUUCUCUUCAUGAAUCCAUGCAGUGCAUGCAGAAACUGCUUCCCUGCAAAACCUACCUCAACGUCUCCGCCACCGAACCGCCCCCGGACACCUGCUGCUCCGCCUUGCAGGAGACCGUCACCGACGACUUCGAGUGCCUCUGCCGCUUCUAUAACGAUCCUCAGAUCCUUCCUACCUUGAACAUCACAAGGCAUGAUGCUCUCCAGCUUCCCAAGGCCUGUAAUGUCCGUCUUCGCCUUUCCAAAUGCAAACAUGAAGCAAGUUCUCCAAGUCCAAAUCCAUCAACUCCUAUUCCAAUUGAUAAGGCUACAACAGAUGCAGCAGCUGCAGCACUUGUAGCAGCAGAGAAGUCCAUGUCAGGUGCUAAUGCCAGCAAAGACGAGCUUGCCACUUCUAGUGGCACAAGAAGUUCAACCAAAACAACCACUUGUUUCAGUGUUCUUCUUGCAGUCUUCGCUUCAUUAUUCAUGAACUUUCUCCUUUUUUCUGCAUAAAAUUUUACCAUUGGAUCAAAAUCUGUUUGAGAUCCGGCUUUGCUUCACAAAUUCAUGUUACUCUGAUUGUGUAUAUACUACAUGAGGAUUAUCUGACAAUAAUAAAAACUUUUAUAUAUCUCGACACAUUAACACACUUGCACACCGUCAUUGUUUUAAGUCUCUUAUUUCGCUCCUGCUUCCAUGCAAAUAGCAAGCUAUUGAUUGCUAUAUUUAUUAUUAUAAUAAUGCAUCACAAUUUAUAAGAAUGUCCUAUCUUUUUGAGAA